GGCAGGCGGGAGGGUGAGAGCGCGCAGGCUCGUCGCACAAUGGCGGAGCUGGGUAAGAAGUACUGCGUCUACUGCCUGGCUGACGUGACGAGCCUGCGGCUCCGCUGCACCGAGUGCCAGGAUAUCGAAAUGUGCCCCGAGUGCUUCUCGGCCGGCGCCGAGAUCGGGCAGCACCGUCGCUGGCACGGCUACCAGCUGGUGGACGGCGGGCGGUUCACGCUGUGGGGAGCCGAAGCGGAGGGGGGCUGGACGAGCCGGGAGGAACAGCUGCUGCUCGAUGCCAUCGAGCAGUACGGCUUCGGCAACUGGGAGGACAUGGCCGCGCAUGUGGGCGGGCGCGCUCCGCCGGAAGUGAUGGAGCACUACGUCAGCAUGUAUAUCCAUGGCAACUUGGGCAGAGCGUGCAUCCCGGAUUCCAUCCCGAACCGCGUGACUGAUCACACGUGCCCGGAGGGUGGGCCCCUCUCGCCGAGUUUAACGGCUCCCCUGCCGCCGCUCGACAUCACUGUGGCCGAGCAGCAGCAGCUCGGCUACAUGCCGCUGAGGGAUGACUACGAGAUCGAGUACCUGCAGGACGCCGAGACCCUCAUCAGCGGCCUGGCCGUCAACUACGACGACGAGGACGUGGACAUCGAGCUGAAGCGGGCCCACGUCGACAUGUACGUGCGCAAGCUGCGGGAGCGGCAGCGCCGCAAGAACAUGGCCCGCGACUACAGCCUGGUGCCCGCCUUCCUGGGCAAGGAGCGCAAGGACCGGCCGCUCAAGCGCAAGGUGACCAAGGAGGAGAAGGAGCUGCGGGCCAAGCUGCGGCCCAUCUGCCAGUUCCUGUCCGCCAAGGAGUUCGACGACUGCUUCGACAACCUGCACAAGGAGCGCGCGCUGCGGGCCAAGAUCCGCGAGCUGCAGCGCUACCGCCGCAACGGCAUCGCCAAGACCGAGGAGUCGGCCGAGUACGAGGCGGCCCGCCACAAGCGCGAGAAGCGCAAGGAGCUGCGCAACAGCGCCGCCGCCGCCGCCAAGCGCGGCAAGGACGAGGCCGGCAAGGAGUCGGCGGCCGCCGCCGCAGCGGCAGCUGCAGCCGCCGCCGGCGCCGCUGCCGCCGCCGCCGAGCUCAGCUCCAUCGAGCACCUGUCCGGCUUCGACCUGCUCUCCGAGCGGGAGAAACUGCUGUGCGGCUCCCUCAACCUGAGCCCCACACGGUACCUGACCGUCAAGACCAUCAUCAUCAAGGACUACCUGCAGAAGAGGCAGGGCAUCCCUUCCAAGAGCCGCCUGCCCAGCUACCUCGACAAAGUCUUAAAGAAGAGGAUAUUGAAUUUCUUAACGGAGAGCGGUUGGAUUGCUCGGGAAGCUUCUUGAUAAUUCGCUUGUUUCCCGUCUGGAGGAAAAUACGUUUUUUUUCAUGCCACUCUGUCCCAAGAAAGGCAAAGGUGUACCUUUUUUUAAAAGAAAAGAUAAAGAAAAAAGUUCAAAUGAUUCCUGUGCAACGGUCAGUCAGCCGUGGAUAGGAAUACAAGGUUUUCGUAUCACGGAAUUUGACAAAAUCGAAGCAAACUUGCUCAAGAUGCGUUGAAGCAAGCAUGCAUAUUAACCAAGCCUUGUUUUAAGACAGUUGAACCAUUAAAGGAGAACACUGCUGAAGGUCAAGAUUAGAGCUACCUGAAAAAUGGUGGUUACAUCUGGUUGCUACCUUUUCUGGGGUCACAACAUAUAGCUUCACUGGCCCUAGAUCAAUAAACUAUACUGAGCUUAUUCUACUGAUAAGCAGAGCAAGGACCUGCUAAUCUGCAGAUUGUUCUGGCCUCUUGGCAAGCUCUAAUUCUGGUAGAUAGCUAGAAGAUGUUUGGAGUAGGAGGAAGGAGUGUGUAAUAUUGGAUAGUUGUAUUUAAUGAAUUUGCUAAAGGAUUUCAAAUUUUAUGGCCUGUUUGUGAUCCUGGGGGUUGCAUUGUGUUAAACCUGGUCCAUGUAAGUUGGUGGCAGGCCCCACUAACUUCUGAAAACAAAAGAAAAUGAUUGUCAAGAGGACAACCCUAAAUUUUAGUCAAGAUCUGAAAAAUGUGCAAAACUUAGGCAGUUGUAUUUUGAGUUUCUGCACAAUUGAUUCAUUGGAAUUCUUGUUAUUUUAGUGGGGAUGGUAAUGUUGCAUCAGGUUCUAGUUUGUAAAUUCACUUCACAGCAGUCCUCUGAUUUGUUCAAAAUGUGGAUUUUUGAAUGAUCUUGUAUGCCUCAAUGAAAAUAUUGAGAAUCUGGGUCUAUAUUUCAACAGGGUGUAAAAUUAGUGGUCCAUGUUACAAUGAAUCAGUGACACGAGGUUGGCACAUUGAUAUGUUCAAACAUUACUUUUAAAUGUUAUUUAAAUCUUUUUGUGCUAAUCUUACAAAUUGCCUUCCAAGAAAUAUUUGUAUACAGUCAUUUAAAUUAUUAAAUCAAAUACUAAUGGCUUAUUUUUGCCACUUUCUGCUGCUUUAAAUUUUGAGCUUAAUUUCAAAGAAUU